CUUUGCCCCCUCUUCCAAGAACCCUAAUAUUUUAACCUAGAAUCCCUCUCUUUCUCUCUCUAGAUUUGUUUGAAUGGGAACGCCGGAGACAUCAAGGGAGCCAUGUCCGGAUCGGAUCUUCGAUGAUAUAGGCGGAGCAUUUGGUAUGGGAGCAGUAGGCGGCGGCGCGUUUCACUUUCUUAAAGGAAUUUACAGUUCGCCUAGAGGCGAUCGCUUUAUCGGCGGUACUCAGGCGAUGCGAAUGAAUGCGCCGCGUGUAGGCGGUAGUUUUGCUGUAUGGGGUGGACUCUUUUCUUUAGCCGAUUGUACUCUCGUAUAUGUUAGACAGAAGGAAGAUCCAUGGAAUUCAAUCAUUGCUGGGGCUGCUACAGGGGGUUUUCUUCAGAUGAGACAGGGUUUAGGUCCUGCAUCGCGUUCUGCUUUGUUUGGUGGUGUUUUACUUGCUAUGAUUGAAGGUGCUGGUAUAAUGAUUAAUAAAUUUGUUAGUGCACAGCAGCAGAAUAUGCCGAUUAUGUUUGAGGAUUCUAUGCCUGAUUUGAAUCGUGGGUUUCCUGGUGUUCAAAUGCCCAAUUCAAUUCCAUCAGAAUCAUCAUCAUCUUCAGAUUCAUCUUCUUCUUCUUCGUCGUCGUGGUUUGGAGGGUUGUUUGGUGGGAAGAAAGAUGAAUUAACAGAGAAGAAAUCUGGAGUGACGGUUCUUGAGAGCUUUGAUGCUCCAAUGCCGCCAACGUUUGAGUUGAAGUGAGAUCUUUUUAUUUGACUGUUUAUUAUUUGAACUAAAGUUUCAAUCUUUACAAUGAUUUUAGUAGAAUUCUACGAUAUAGUUUGAGAAAUUUUUUGUGUUAUUUUACUGAAUUGGGUUGGAUUUUUGAUUGAAGUUUUAUGAUAAACCUUUGAUAUUAAUAUGAUAUUUUUUUUACAUGGA